AUGACCAGUGAGCCUCCAUCUGCCAACAACACCUCAGACCCAGAUGUAGAAGGAUUGAUAAACUUUUAUGAACCUUCAAGAAGGAAACUCACAGGCACUGCUCGAUAUAAGUUACUGUCUGGAGGCGGAGGCGGACGUGGUGGAGGAGCUACAGGGCCUGGUAGUCCAACGGGUCCUGGAUACGGCUUCUCAUUUGGACAGACGCCUUGGACUCAGUUGAGCGUCGGCUCAUCUGAAACUCACAAAUGUGUAAAGCAGAAAGGACUACAUCUCCGAAACGACAAUUCCCAUAAGAUGAAAGUUCGUCGUUCGGGUGAAUGGUCCAAUCGUCACUAUUAG